AUGGAUGAAUCUGGGAUCGACAUGGGGUUCGAUCUUGCAUCGCUCCUGUCGAGAGAUUUUAGUGUCGACCAGAAGAUUUUGGAGGAGAUGACUGCUGGUCAACAACAACAGGACUUUAUGUUCUACGAGCUAAAGUCAAAAGCCGUGCCGAUCACCGAAAGCAUAAUAAGAGGAACAAUUUCACCGUACUCCGAACGUCCGCGACCCUGA